AUUGGAAUUCCUGUAAGAGAGUGAAGGUCACAUAAGAAUAAAGUCAUUGGCAUUUUAAUUACAGAAGUUGAUUAAGGCUUGGACUUACUGUAUCUUAAUUUAAUACUUAAUUAAAAGUUGAUUUAUUGCUUGAGUGCAAGCAGACAAUUUCAAUGGGUUCGUUGGUUUCUUUUAAUUGCAUGUUUGACUUAGAUAUGAUCCUUUCAAAUUAUGUGUAGACAUUUUCCUUUGUAGCUGGGUCUCAGUAAGACAGAUCCUAGUAAUUUGCAUUUGUUUGGCUAAUUGCACUAAAGAGUUUUAAGAUAAUUAGGUAAAGUCACUAAUCUACCAAAUUAACAUUCAAAAGAGGUAUUCAGGGGAAUCAAGUUAAUUGAUGUGAUGAUUUUGUUUUCUAGUUUUUUACUCAUUGAACGAAGGGCCUCUGUUGUUUUGGGGAGAAAGACAAUUCUAAUUCAAAGGAAUUUGUUAGAAGUCAGAAGCUUUUUUAACUUGCUAUCAAGAUAAGAGACAGUUGUAAUUGAAUGAUUGUGAGACGGACAGUUUUCUGGAGAUCGAGAUAGAAUCGAGACAGAAUAAGUUUCUGAAAUAAUGGAGCCAGUACCGGUAUAUGAUAAGUCUAUGAAGAGUUUCAUAGAUAAUUUUGCUUUACAUGUAAAUAUUUGAAUUUUCUCAUGGAGACAGACUCAGACAGUCAAUAGACAAAGAACCUCAGUGUACUGUGUUGUAAGUUUAAUAAGUUUUCAAUUAACAAGUACUCCCCCGCUUAAUUCAGUACUUUAAAUGGAUCAUCAUUACAAACAUUCCUAUUGCUUACCAGGGCUUAUCAGUCAAUACUUAUCCUAUUUAAUUGCGUGAGUUUUAUUUUCCUCAAUAAAUGUGGAUUAUAUAAACUGUUGUUUGUGAACUAAGUGAAAAUGAUAGACGUCGUAACCAAGCACAUAUCACCGAGUGCAGACUGCAACUGUCACACAGAUGUAAGGGCAGCUCGCUCAGACAUUAAGAUUGAUUUUGUGUGGGCUUUCCCAGUGUCAAGAAGUCUACAUCAUAAGUAGUACAUGCUUUGUUUUUGACGCCUGUUAUUUGAUACUAGUAUGAGUUGUUGACUUAUUUCUACAAGUUCAAUAUCGUAGUGAUUAUGCGUCAUCAUGCAUUCAUUGUAUUCACUGAUAUUAAGGGCAUAAGGAAGCAGUGAGAGCUCAGUCUGUCAUUUGUGUUGAAUUGUUUAAUGGUCAAAGCUGUUCAUCUAAAUUCAAAGGACUUUAACUUUAAAUGUUUAUCCAAUGACUUUUAAUGCUGAGAACGUGAUGGAAUUAUUAAUAUAACCAUAUAGUGACCAUGAGCACCAACUCUGUAGGGGCGCCCCGGGCCAUGCCCCCAGCCACACCCGGACAGCCAUACGACACACUGCCCACCUCCACGGAGGGGGUUAAUGGCACCACCCUCGGUGACCAUGCGAUCUCACGGCCCCGCACCUGUGAGGAAAUCACUGCAGAGUACGACAUUGCUCUCGCUGUGAUCUGUUCCAUGUGUUUUGUUUUCGGAAUUGUGUACACAUUUUUUGGUUACCGGUUCUUCAAAGCUGUGAUGUUCCUGACCGGCUUCAUCUUCACAUCCGUCCUGGUAUAUCUCGUCCUAUCCCAGCAUUCCCUGCUCCCAGUGGAGGGAAACAUAGGCGUGGCCCUGGGGAGUGGGCUCCUUAUUGGACUUCUGACUAUGCUAGUGCAGUAUGUGGGACUUUUCUUCACCGGCUUCCAGCUUGGGGCUGCCAUAGGAGUAGUGAGCUUAAUAGUGGUGGACUUAUUCGUCUUCAUCCCAAUCCACUGGAUUCGGAUUGGAGUGAUCUGUGGUGCCGGAUUAAUAUGUGCAAUAGUGACUCUGAAAUUCCAGAAGGGGGGCAUGAUCCUGGGGACCAGUGUGUUUGGGGGCGCCCUGAUGGUGUCUUGCCUGGACUACUUCAUAGAACAGCUGGCCAUGGUGACGUUUGUGUGGGGGGAGGUGACGGGAACAGCCUCUACCCUGGUGUGCUGGUACUCCUGGGUGCUACUGGGCUGCUGGCUCUUCUGCUUCCUGGUAGGGGCUGUAACUCAGUGGAGAAUUACUGGACAGGGAUACGACCAUAAUGAAGCUGUUCAGAGCAGAAGAACAAAGAAAGUAAACUUGCAUCAGGCGAGGAAGAAGGACCGGUCAGACAGCCAGCACACGAGAUACCGACACCUGUACCAAGCCAGGCGAGCCACCGGUGAUGUUCUAUCUCAGACAUACAUACAGACCAUGCAACAGAAAAUGUCACCAGCCACAAAGCGUAAAGACCACAUUGCAAUUCCGACAGAGCCAAGUUUGACAGAACUGGAAAGCACAAAUACGACAUUAACCCAGGUGCCAUGAUAUUUGCAACGUGGAGGUGGAAAAACAUUUGUGUCGUGAUGAAUUUAACAAGUCUAUGUGCUGUCAGACAGUGGAAAAAGUCUGACAACAAAUGUAAAACAGGACUCGAAAACUGAAUUCAGUUGAUUUCUUUGGAAUUGAGAGGCAGACCAGGAAUUUCUGUGAAUACAAGACAGUGACACAGUUUUAGGACAGUAUUAUGCUGAUAAGGAGAAACUGUCUCAAGAGUUCGGGAUCUGGAAUCGUGGUGCCAUACAGUGAGCAUGAACAAUAAACAGUGUAAAUUUCUCACAGACUCAGACAGACACUGCAGCAAGUCCUGGAAAGUGUUGAUCUCAGACGAGCAAUGAAUCGAGAUUUUCUUUUUUUUUCUUUUUUUAACUUCAUUCCAGUGUCGAACAUUUUUUUUUCGUUUUUGUUUUGUUUAUAGCAGAACAAUUUUUUUGUUCACCAAGUCAAACUUAUACCCGUGCUACACAUACAGGGUGAUACAUAAUGGUGUACCAUAGUGUGUCUGUCUGUGAAACUUGAUGAUUUAGUGAUGAUCAUGGAUGUGUGUAAACAUGUGUUGAUGUAUAGAGCUACAUAUUGGAUGGACACAUUUAAAAUGCAUUCAAUUUCUAGUGUAGAUACAUGUACAUGUAGCUAUCAGCAUAGGAAAUAUAAUAAAUUGAUUGAUUAAUUAAUUUAUUUUGUUUAUAUGAUAAUAAAACUUAUUAUUUCAGAGGUUAAGCAAAGAGUAAUGCACUUGACGUGUAGUUGUACAUAAUCUUGCAAUGGCCAUGCAAUGCAAGUGAAUCUCAUGUUAAUAGCAAGGGAAAUAACUCAAAUAAGAUUUUGUGUUGUAUUUUUUUUUUAUUCUUCAAUUUUGUUAUUUUUGUACAAUUUGUGGGUCAUUAUUUUGCAACAUUAAUUUUGCUUUCUUUUUUAACUGUUAUACUGUUUAAACUUUGUUAAUUAUUCUUACCAGGGUACAUCUUUGUUUUAAUUGUGCUUGUAAAAUAAUUCAAGUUCACUGUCAAGUUGUCAGACUUCCUUGUUAUUUUCUGUUUUGGUUUUCUUCUUUUUUUUUUGGAAUAUAGGUAAUAUUACAAUGUAUUGUAAACCCUCAAUGAAGAAAAUUUAAAUGUUCAAAUGUUUUGUUUUGUAAGUUGUAUGUAAAUAUACAUUAAUGUCAUAGUUUAUAAGUGAUAGGCUAAUUCUGAAUGAUAUGGUUAUGAUAUGACAGCAUUGCUUAUUUCAUUACAACUGGGAAAUGUUGAGAAGAAAUUCUGCAGGGAAAAUGAUUUGUUUUGCAUGUAAAUCUAUGCACAGCAGUAUGGUAUUGUGUAAGUUUAACUUUUAAUGAAGGCAGUUUUGUGUUGCUGUUAAUGAUUAGAAUAAACUCAAAACAUAAAAGAU